AUGACUUGUGCAGAAACUGAGGAAGGGAUUGCACAUGCAAUUGUCCGCGGUGAAAUAGAUUUCACAAGGGAUCCUUGGCCUAAAGUUUCUGAAGAAGCAAAAAAACUAGUGAAGGAUAUGCUUGAUCAAAAUCCUUACGAACGAUUAACAGUUGAAGAAGUUCUUGAAAAUUCAUGGAUACAAAAUGCAAGUGAUGCCCCUAAUAUAUCGCUUGGAGAAAAUGUGAGAACAAGGAUUAAACAGUUUUCCUUGAUGAAUAAGUUCAAAAAGAGAGCUCUCAUAGUGGUAGCAGACAGCUUGCCAGACGAGCAAGUAGAUGUAAUCAAACAACUGUUUGAUAUGAUGGACACGGACCACAAUGGGAACUUAUCAUUUGAAGAACUGAAAGAUGGCCUAAACAAGUUUGGAUACUCCAUUCCUGAUCCUGAUGUGAAGUUAUUAAUUGAUGCUAGUAAGACAUUUCCUCUCCUGCGUCUUUUAAAGGCGGAUGCUGAUGGAAAUGGCUCGCUAAGCUGCAAAGAGUUCAUGGCAGUGUCUGUUCAUCUGAAAAGAAUUGGCAGUGAUGAGUAUCUCACUCGAGCAUUUCGUUUCUUCGACAAGGACCAAAAUGGAUUUAUCGAGUUUGAUGAAUUGAGAGAAGCCAUGUCAAAUGACGAUCUAGGUCCAAACGAUGAACAAGUGAUCAAAGACAUCAUAUUUGAUGUUGAUCUUGAUAAGGAUGGUCGAAUCAGCUACAACGAAUUUAGGGCAAUGAUGAAAAGUGGCAUGGAUUGGAAAAUGGGUUCUCGUCAAUAUUCAAGAGCAAUGCUGGAAGCACUUAGCACGAGAAUACUAAAAAAUGAAUCCAAGCGAUUGAAAUAA